GUGGCCUCCAUGUGACGUAUCAAGGGAAGGGUGAACCCAUUAGUGGGUUGCAGGGGCGGCGGCAGGUUCACCAACUCUUCACUCAGUCAUUUCGUCCUCCUUCCCUGCCUUUGGACAACUUUGUCUUGGGGAGAAGCUGGAAUUCCGUUCACCUACAAGGCUAACUUUCUAUAAGUAUCUAACUAACUAACUAACUGAACAGGCGGCACUCACAUGGACGCCAAGUGGACGGACCGUCCCAACGAGGGUCUUUUUAGACUUUCUCCUCCAGCGUGGACCUGAUGGCGAUAGUGAUGAUGUGAUAUUGAUGUCGACGAUGGUGGCGUGCUGAUGUAUGAAGAAGAAUAAGAAGAUGAUUAGCGACGAGAGAAGUCUCCACGUUGGUAAUAAACAGUCGGCGGUGGUGGGCUUGUUGAUCCGCUCCCCCAAGAAGAGACUCGCCCAGCUUGGCCGGAAAGCCAGCAAUGGCUCAACACAGUCCAACAGUUCGACCGGCUUGGUCCGCUUGGCCGAGAGCUCGGGUGUCAGGCAGCCUGCCAAGUCCAAAAUCCGGCGUCACAACAACAACAACAACAACAAGCGUCUGUCGGGCGUGUUUAACCACAGCCCCAACCUACGUCGGGGCGGACCCUCCACAGAAGAUGACCCGGCCGAGUUGUCUUGCCAGCUGUCAGUGCCCGGCAUUCUUAAGAUCUUUGGAAGCGACAUAUGCCAGGGUGCCAACUACAAGAGUGUCCUGGCCACUACGCAGUCCAGCGCCAAGGAGCUCCUCAAAGAAGCUUUGGACAGGUACAGUCUGGCAAAAGAGGAUGCAAGCGCCUACGUGCUGUGCGACGUGAUCGGCCAGACCAGCCCAGGCAGCCAGUGGCGGCGGGAAUGUUUCCGCGUGGUGGGCGACCACGAGAAGCCGCUGGUGCUGCAGUCGCUGUGGAAACCCAAAGAAGGAUUCUCACGACGCUUCGAGAUCCAGCUGAGGGUCUGCCUGGAGGAGCAGAGCCUCAAGGAGAGAGACACAGUCACGGCAGGUAUCAACGCCCAGGCCCGUAAACUUCAGAGGAACCGCUCCAGAGCUACGUCGCUAUUCAUGGAGAACAGCACAACUGAAGAUGCAGACGGGCCAGACUUCUGGAGGAGCCUAAGUGAGAUGGACCUAAGCGCCAUGAGCAAAGAGGUCCGUGGGGCACCCCGUGUCAGGGACCAGGACGAGGAUAAGGAUGCUCUGAGGCUCGGCGUGCAAGAGAAGGAGGAGACGGAGAGCAGCGAUGACAACGCCACACAGUACUCCAUACAUCCACCCUUUGACUUCCCCUACUUCCUGCUUCUGCAGGGAUACAACCAUAGACAGGAUUUCGUCAUCUACCUUCUUAGUGGGAGCAGCACAGUGUUGGGCUGCUGCGGCGAGCACCGCGCCGGCGAGGACGAGGAGCGUCUGAAGGUGGACAUCCUGCUCUUUGCCCCCGACGUCCUCCCCCGUCACUGCUCCGUGCGGCGUCUGGACUCGGCCACCGUGAUCAAGCCCCUUCACGAUGCCCCCGUCACCAAGAAUGGGUCUGUGCUGAAGGAGGAGGCGCAGCUGCACCCUGGCGACCUGGUGGGCUUAGGCGAGCACUACCUGUUCAUGUUCAAGGACCCCACUGGUGCGGCGACGGGCCCCCCGCAGACCAAGACGCCUCCCUGGAUGAGCCGACUUUUUCCUGCUUCUGAGAUGCCGCCCAUCUGUCAGUCAUGCAGCUGGCAUCCUGCCGUCGGCAAGGACAAUGUAGCAGAAGAUGACCAAGCGAUGCUGAGCUACGAUCUGGAGCGGGAGGACCAGGUCCUGCAGGAGAUCAUGGACAUGUCAGAGUCCGACGGCGCCAGACCCAAGUUGACAGUCGCCUUCCUGCUCAGCCUCUGCAUUCAGUACUCAGCCGCUUUGCAAGACCUCCACCACUUCAGACGCCUCUUGCUAAAGAUUGCGGGGACCGUACAGAAAGCUGUCUGGGACAAGACAAAAGCACUUGCGUCAAUGCAGACAGAUAGCGUGGUGGAAGGGAGCCUCCCACUGCAGACGCAAGACAUUAUUUCAGGUCUGCGUCCUCUGGCUGCGUGGAUGGCCAACACCAUCGAGCUUCUGCACUUCAUCCAGCAGCGGGUCCCUCAGUUGAUGGCCGCCAGGCAGGACUCCCAAAAGACAGGUCUGAUGGACAAACAGGAGUUGGCGUCCACUCGUGAGUCCUGCGAGGAGGCCAUGACGGUGCUGGAGGAGGUCAUCAUGUUCACCUUCCAGCAGUCUGUUUACUAUCUCACUAAGAGUAUGUACUCGGCCCUGCCGGCUGUGCUGGACGGCAACCCGUUCUCGGAGAGCGGGCAUCUGCGCGUGCCGGACGGUGUGAGUGGCAUCCUGGAGGUCCUGAAGGAAGCGCUGCAGCUCUUCACCUCCUUCCAGGUGCACGCCGACAUCUGCCUGCAGCUGUGCGCGUACCUCUUCUUCUUCAUCAACGCCUCACUCUUCAAUGCGCUCAUAGAAAGAGGCUCGGAGGCCGGCUUCUACCAGUGGUCCCGAGGGGUUCAGAUGCGGGCCAACCUGGACCUCAUGAUGGACUGGCUACAGAGCAUCAGUUUGGCUGACGUGGCCGCGGACUUCUUCCAGAAACUCUCAGCCGCCGUCAACCUGCUAGCCACACCCAAAGAAACUCUGCAGCAGGCAUCCUGGACUUCUCUGAAAUUUGAGUUUUCCGCUUUAAACGCGGCACAGCUGCAGCACAUGCUGAGCCAGUAUAAUACCGGCAAGACCCGACCCGGAGGUUGGACUCCUGGACCGGAACACGCAGACGACGCCUGCAGGACAGAGGACAUUUUGGAGCGCUUUGACAAGCAUCCACCACUCAUCCUACCUAGCAGGAGCUUCUUUUUGGAAGAAGCCCACCAGGACCCCACUCUCCUGGAGCAGCUGGUCCACCUCCAGCAGGCCAUUAGACAGACCUCCCAAAAGGAAAGUCUCAGCCCACAGGAGGAGAUGGUGUCUGAGGAGCGAACAUCAACAUCUUCCACAAGGGUAUUGUCGGAGGCCCCCUCGACCCCAUACUCGCAGGGUCCGGUGCCAGAUUUAGGGAGCGAGCCGAGCAUCGGCGAGGAGGAUCUGUCCCGCAAGAUGGAGAGCGUGGAGGGCCACAGCUUCCUCUCGGGAGGCAGCCAGCGAGACGUAUGCGACGAUAGCCUUCCUUUGGACCCCUCCUGCCUUCUCACUCCCCCCAACACCCCCCAGGAGGUCCAGGUUCACCACAAUAACAAUGAUCGUGGACAUGUUGUCGAGAAAGAAGACAAAGAAGACAAGUGUGACGACGUGUUCACGGUGGAGAUUCACCGAGGUCCUCAUGGCCUCGGCUUGGCACUGGUGGACGGCACGAAGACAUCACUCAGGAUGAGCGGAAUCUACGUCAAGUCGCUUGUUCCCGAUUCACCCGCCGCUCGGUGCCGACGUCUCAAGACUGGAGAUCGGAUCCUCGCCGUCAACGGUGUCAGUCUGCUUGGAUUGGAUUACAGUGUUGGCAGAGAAGUCAUCCGCUCUUCGGGCGACUCGCUGAGGCUGCUGGUGGCCAACAUGGACCCCAACAUGAGCUCGCAGACCACCAAGUGCUGAGCGGGAAGUUUCAAGCCUCCUUCCUGUUUCCUGUCUGCCAGGCUCUCUCGUCACUCCAAACUUUUUUUUUUUUUUGUAUGUUUUCAAAGUUUUUACUGAUUUAUAUUUAUAAAAAAAAAACAUCACUAUUUUCUCAUAUUUAU